CUAAGUCAGUUGAGUCAGCUGAUUUGUCGUCGGAUCUCAUAAAGCCUGCUGUUGAAUUACCAAGAAUGACCACUGGAACCAAGUCUUCAUUUAUACUGACGCCAUCCUCCAAACCAACUGAAAGUGAACCGCCAGAGUCGAAGUCCAAAGUACACAUGAUGAAGCUUCGAUUGCGAGCAAAUUCUGUCCUAGUUCCAUCAAGGACUUAUGAUACAGAAACAUCGAAUCUCAAAUCCCUGCUGCAUGAAACCGAGUCAGCUCCAUCUGCAGUGGGAUCGAGACUCAUAUCGAAAACAACCCUUGAAGAAACAAAUAACCGCGUGGAUCCAGCUGACGUAACUCGGUCGCGGUUGGCAAAACCAAGUGAAACAUCAAUCGUCCAAGCUAUGAAAAUAUUGGGAGACAAAGAAACAAGCAGCGAUGAAAAGGAUAAUGUAGCAAUCAAAGAUGCAUCUAGUUUACACGAAGAACAACAUGGAGGUACCGAGAAAACGUCCGAAAAAGGACAUACAACUAUAGUGAACAGUUUUUUCAAGAAGCCAACAGCCAGUAUGCGAAAUUCAUUGACAGAUCUUUCUAGUACUAUGAAUUUCAAUAAAAAAAGACUAAUAGUAUCUCCACCCACGGAUAUGGAAAAGUUUUUUGGAAAAUUAAGUAGUCCGGGUUUAAAAGCUAGAAGUUCGGUUCAUGAGGAGGAAGCUGGGAAAGCUUUGAUCCGGAAAGCGGAUACCAAAAACAUUGUAAGGACAUUAAAAGCGGAUACUGAAACUGCUAAUCUAAUGCUAAGAAAGCGGAGUAGGAUUCCAAGAGCUAGAAGUAUGAAGCGGUUUAAUUAUCUGAAAAGGCGGGUAUAAAGGCUACAAAGUCGGAUACUCAAUUCUCAAGUGAAAUCGACCGGAACAGGUAGCAAGCCUUACAAAAAUGGAACAAUGCACACUUCACACACGCCAUCAUCCAUGCAAUGCAUAGUGAUGUCUAGCAAAGUCAUUUCAAACCGGAAACGGCAUCCGAAACCGGAAUCUUAUUUCAAAACCUGGACGACUUUAUAAGUCGGUAGCAUCAUUGCUUUUAUAGAGUAUUCCGAUUGUUAACAAUAUACUGCCUAACGAUAAAGCAGUGCAUACGGGAUAAAGUACUGUCCCGGUCACUUCUCACAUAACGUCCCGCGAAGGGAUCAAUUUUUGUAAACAAAACAUCGUAGAUGACUUUGUAAUUCAAGGCAAGAAGCACAAACGCAAAAACAAGCAACAAUUUAGGCGGACCGGAAAUUGUUACAUGAAAAAAUAAUGUUAGAUUGAUGGUACAUUCUGAUAAUUUUGAAUAUAGGGUGUGACUGUUGUAUUUAAAAUUACGUUACAUAGUUUGUGGGUUUGGAUUCCCAUUGAAAAGAACGUUGUUGCAGAUACCUUUAAGGACUUAUUAAAAAGAAUCAAAGUUUAUUUAGCAAUAAUUAGAGAAGGCUAAUAACCAUUCAUGAGCAGUGUAGCAAGAUCAAUAAUCCCCCAUGGAGCAUGGCACAAAACUGCUAAAUUGCCAACGCGCUACAGCCAAGGGAAGUAAAAAAUGUCCUGCUUCUUUCGGCUGACAUACGAUCUGGCAAUCAGGAAGAAAGUUCUAGAAUUAGUUACACACAUCAAUACCCAAAACCAGAUGAAAUCUGGGAAUUAAAUACCCAUUACCCAUGCUUGCAAAAAAUUAGUAAUUAGUAAUUAGAAAUGGCUAUCAUAUAACUGCUAAAGAAAUUUGGUAGAGGUGUUAUUUGUUAGACUUUCAUCGAAAAUCAAAAGAAUUGUUUGUAAAAAGAGAACAAAAAACAAUCCGUUGGCAGCAAAACCCAAGUAUGAUUUAAAACAAUAUUUCCUCAAAUAGUCUAUAUAUCUAUGUUGAUGUGUCAAAAUUUAGAUUGAUCAGAAAAGUUCGAGGGGCGUUUCACUUUCCCUUUCCAAAAUGGCUAAAGGACCCUGAAAAUUGUUCUUUUACCCUGAAAAUUGUUCUUUCAAGUCUGCACGUAAGUGUUUGUUGUUGAUUAGCAAAAUCUAGUAAAACUUUAGUGAAAGCCAAAUGUAGUCGCUUUUUAUACGAGUUAUAUUUGGAUAUGUAUAUAGCUUCCCAUUCAAAACAAAUCUUACAAAGGAAAUGCAGUAAUUUUAAACUGAACUUUUAUUUUCAAAUUAGAGUAUUUUGUAAAAUGCUGUUGUCUUUGUGAUUGUGUCUGUUUUACGAGCUUUGAAGUUAAACGUUUUGAAUCAAACGGAACGAUCAGUAUCUUAGACAAGUUCGGCUGGUUCAAAGCCCAGGGUCAGACACAUUAAAAAGCGAUCCAAGUGGUUAAUACAAUCAAAGGCCCUCUCCACACGUAUACGAUAUUUUUGAUUCUGCAAACUGUUCUUAACGUAUAGGGCUCAUUUCCACACGCUGCCGAUGACUUCGCUAUCGUAUUCGCAACUUUUCAAAUUCGCUCUCCAAAGUGUAAACUUUUGAAUACGUUACGAAUCCGAUUACGUGUGGGCGCUCGAAUCUGGAUUUAUCCUAAUCCGAUGACGUAUACUUGCUAAAGUGUGUCAUGGCGCAUGCCCUGACGGAAAUUGAUUCGAAUACGCUACGUGUGGACGCGAAUAUUUUUGAAUCCGUAAAGAAAGGAUUGCGUAAGCAACAUUUAUCAACAGUAUUUGAAAGGCCUUUCAUUCAAGUCAAUUGUUUCUAAUUGAUCUUCGUUCAAACACAUUUUCAUAUGCCUAAGUAGUUAAUUAUCUGCUGCAUGAAUAAUGACUCGUGGAAGAAAGUUUGCUUGACCUGGUCUUGGAUUGUUGCUGAAUAUUUUUAAGUGAAAUAACAAAGAUCACACCGAAGAGGACACCCACUUAUCAUUAGGCGCUCACGAGCUUAAUAAGAAAGGGAGCAAAAGUAGAUCCUUGCAAAGAAUUUUUUUCUCAUCAAGCUCACGAGGGCUAGGAAAAAAAAUGAAAAAUAGUCUUUUCGUUGAUUAUAUAUCCAAGGGCAUCUAAACCUCCCCUGGCUUGGCCUGGGCACAGCACAUUGACACAACACAUGUCUUCAAAUGGCGCUUCGGAUAGAAUAAAUCAAAUUUUGUAGAAACACCAUCCGUUGUAGUUUAUCUUCGCUGAAAAUAAUAUUUCAUUCCUUCUGGCUUCUUUGCAUAACAUUGGAAACUUUGCUAUCGUUUGGAAACGAUACCAAGAUCCUUCGUAGUUAAACAAUGUAAUGUGAUAUCUGAGUAAAAGUAACGAAAGGAUCUAGCAAUAGGAAAUUCUAGUGCGCAUGCUUAAAAAUUCGUUAUUGGCAAAACUGGCCCAAAACAAGUUUAGAACAAGUUUCAAGCAAUUAUUUUCGAGGAAAGUUUUUAAUUCUAAGAUAGGGCCGAAAUCAUCUUUUUAUAACGAUAAAAGUCAGAGGUAAAUUCAAAGAAAAGGUUAAGUUGAGAUGGAAUAAAUGGCCUUUUAAGUAACCAACACUAAAUGGAUGCAACAAUUACACACGCAUUUUGCUGGUGAUGAAACAAUGAU